GUCACAGCGAGCGCGCAAACUGCACAGGAGAAGAAGAAGAUCAGCGACACCCGCCGGGCCUUCAGCAACUAGCAGGCGACGGUCUCCUGCCGACUGAAACCUGCUGCUCUUUUGUUAUUAGUUACUGUAUUCGAAGAAGUAUUGGACAUUGUGCCACGUUCUAGGACAGCAUGGAGGAGCAACAAAACUGUCAUGGAUUUGGACCAGUGAUGAGUGAGCCUGCUGUUUUCCACAUGAGGAUCAAUGUUGACGGGGCCUGGAUAGUUCAAGUCGCACUUCAAGGUUAACGAGGGAUGCCAUCAGCACACAGACAAAAUCAGUUCGUCAUGGAGAAGCAGAAAGCUGUGAUUAAUGUUUCUUCAGCUCAUAUCAGUGAGGAGCCUUGUAGCUUCAUCUGCACUGAAUGCGGUGGUGGCUUCAGUCAGUAUGCCAGCGUGUUAGCCCACAUGACCAGCCAUGGGCCUUUGGAUUCAUUUUCCUUUGAUGGCUCGUCUAACGGAUUAGAAAUCCCUCGGGAGUACGUGCUUCAGGAAAAUGGCACGUUGACUGUUGUGAAUGGACUGUCACAGUCACAUACUUUUAAUUCCUCGCAGUCCUCCAUGAAACCAGCUCCCUCUGGAGCGUUUCCGACCCAGAUCUCCACCCCCGCUAAGCCAGCGUCUCCAAGUUCCCGAGUGCAGCCCUCUGCAGACUCGAACCUUGACAAGUCUCUGCAAGCCCAUCACCGCUGUGAAAUCUGUAGCCGAUCGUUCACCAGCCUUCAGAAUCUGCAUCGCCAUCAGCAGUAUCGAAACACAGAAAGAGGCUUCAAGUGCACCUUGUGCUGCAAGAUCUUUGAAGACAGACACCGUCUGAAGAAACACUUUCAAGACCACACCUAUGAGAGGUUCCACUGCUGUGGUCAGUGUGGGAAGCGCUUCCUGAAGGUGGAUGCGCUCAGUGCUCAUAAGAAAGAGAAGCACUCUUUGUCCAAAGCGUCAGUCAGAGGAGAGAACCGGCUGGAAAGAAAGUUGGAGAAAACUUACACCUGCAAGAAGUGUAAACUGAGUUUCUUCUGGAUGUCAGAUUUCCAGACUCACUCAGUCUACCUUUGCAGGGGCAAAGAACUGGACGUUGGCUUUACAACCGAAAUCGAACUGGAUUCUGUCGACGCUGAUCAAAUGGAGCCCGUGAACUGCCACUUCAACGGUGCGACCAUCAACGUCAAGAGUGGGAACUGUGAGAUGGACACCGAAUCCGACUUCAGACCUUACAGAUGUGGUCUAUGUGGGGAUCGCUUUGAGAAAUUAACAGCUUUAAAGGAGCAUCACAUCACACAUCAAACUCAGGAAGAAAUAGAUAAACUAAACCAAGAAUCCCAAAGACCUUUUAGGCGAAAGAUCCCACCCAAAGCCAGGCGUAGGACCGCGAGUAACCCUAACGGAAAGCUCCACCCCUGUAAGCACUGUCACCGUGUCUUCAAUCAUUCCAGUAGUUUAUCUCGCCACAUGAGAUAUCACAAAGGCACCAUGCACACUUGUGUGUUUUGUGGAAGAGCAUUUCCACAGCGAUGUGACCUGAGAAGACAUUUAGCCAUGUACCACAAAGCGGAUUUGGACAAGAAGCCUGGCUUGAAACACUUGCUCGCAGAUCCCCAAAACGGGUCUUUACCUGAACCUGUCAUUAGCAACAAACACAAAGACAUAGUCAAUGACUUCUCAGACGGCGAGCAGACCUCGAGCGAGCAGAGUCCAAAGGAAAAGCAGUCGGGCAAAACGGGGAGAGUCACCUACAAGUGUCAGGAGUGCGGAAAGAAGUUCGGGCUUCUGUGCGUGUACCAGCGCCACUUGCGCUAUCACAAGAAGGAGCCCAGCAGGUGUCCUCAGUGUCCAGCUCUGUUCAAGAACUCUGCAUCCCUGGAGAUUCACCUUCAGAGUCACCCGAACAUCAUAGAGCCAGGCGACGGACAAACAUCUGGAAACGUCCUGGCUGAUGAGGAAAAGAGCAUCAUUGACGACGUAGAGGAUGACGUAGAGGACGACCAUAAACACAAACAAACGGAGAAUUCCCCCGAAGACCUUUACGAGUGCACGGAGUGCACACAGACUUUUUCGUGCUUGGACUCUUUUCUCCAGCACCAGUCAUCUCAUUCCUCUGAAAACAACGCAUGAGACUGCUUUAGCAGGGUUAUUUUCUAUUCAACUAUUUCACAAAGCUGCAGCUGUCAGAUAGCAAAGCAAAGGAAUUCCCAAUAUGAACCUAAAAAUUGUUGCUAUCCUAAAGUCUCACUAAUUGUUUCAAAAUAAAAUUUGAGGGGGAUGAAAAGUCUGUUUUUUUUAUUGUUUUUUUCUACUGUUUGUUUCAUUGGUGCAUUUUUCAUGUUUUAUUUGCAAGCGUGACUUUAGUACUUUUACUUGUAAUCAUUUUUAAGGGUAGUGUUGUUACAUAGCAGAUGGGUUGCAUCAUGAAAACAUGAAAAAGUUUUUUUUUAGGAAAGACUAACAUGAGUUAUAUUUUCCUUUAAUGAGAAUGACUUUGGAAAAAUGCGAGAUCAGAAUGUGUUGACAUUGUGAAAGUGUUGUUGUGUUUAAUAUAAAGCUGAUAGUUUAAGGAAUGCCUUUAGAAACCUCUUGAACUUUUAACGUGACAUUAAAUGGUCGGAUUUGGAUUAAUGAAACACAAAAUGACAGUUUUUAACUUUUUUGGGGCAGUUUGUGGUGCAUCACCAAAACAAAACACAUCUACACAAAACUAUUAGUCUAAACUUUCUUCUUUAGUCAUUUGCAUCUCAUGUAUUUGAUAUUAAAUGUCUGCUUAUUACUUUUGUGACAGCCAGAAGCAAAGAGUCGCUUUGUUUUGGCGCGAUAGGAAUUCAAAUCAUGUCUCCCCAAUCAUGACUCCACACAAACUGAGAUUUUAAUACAGUUUAUCAAAAAGUUGACUUUCUUGUGGCUUAACCCUUUGAUUCCUGCUAACAUGCUUUAAUCAGUGUGUGAAAGACUCUCCUUGUUUUUUGUAUUGGUAUAAAAGAAUGCUCAAAUAAAAAUGAAUUUCCAUUCCUAACCUCUCAGAGGAUCCAGGUCAA